AUGCAAGCUACAUCUUCUGAUGUGAUCAACGUGAAAGAACCAUUUGAUGAUUACAAGAUCAUUAAAGAUAUUAUUGAAAAGCUUAUAUCAAAAGUUGCUCGUCUAGACAAUGAACGGAGGAGACAAUUACAGAUUAGAAAUAAAAAAAAAACAGAAGCUACUAUUAACAAUGAAAACUUAAUAUUAAAACGUAGCAGACAAACUAUUUGGUUCAAAAAUAAAUAUCAGAAUAUUUUAUUUCGUAAGAAGGAAAAUGAACGUGCAAUAAAAUAUUUUCGAGAUAAAUAUCAUAAUAACAAUGACUUUCGUGAGAAACAAAAAUCUCGGAUAAAAAAACAUAUUUUAGUAAAAUACCAUAAGAACAUAAAUUUUCGUGUGAAAAAUAAUGCAGGCGCUAGCCUACGUAUUUUAAAUAAAUAUCAUACCAAUAAAAUAUUUCGUGAUAAAGUUAAAACACAAUCAAAUAUUCAUAUUUUAAAUAAAUACCAUACUAAUAAAACAUUCCGUGAUAAACUUAAAACACAAUCAAGUAUUCGUAUUUUGAAUAGAUAUUAUACUAAUAAAAUGUUUCGUGAUAAAGUUAAUGCACAAUCAAAUAUUCGUAUUUUAAAAAGAUAUCAUACUAAUAAAACAUUUCGUGAUAAAGUUAAAGCACAAUCAAAUUUACAUGUUUUAAAUAAAUAUCAUACUAAUAAGGCAUUUCGUGAUGAAUAUAAAGAACGUAUGAACGUGCAAGUUUCAAAGAAAUACAAAUUUAAUAAAACGAUACGAUUGAAAAUGAUUCAAUAUGCUUUGAAUUGGUAUCGAAAUAAUAAUACGUUAGUAAGAAAAACAUCAAGACGUCUUUAUAAUCAACGUAGACGUAUUUUAAAAAAAUAUGCUACUUUUCAAAGUCAUAAAUGUACAUUGAAACACAAUAAUUUAUAUACACAGAACUUGAAAGAGUUUCGAAAAAUUAUUCGAGAAGGACCUGAUUAUGUGUGUUUAUCAUGUGGAUUAGCACUAUUUCGUAAUCAGGUUGUACCAUUUGUUGAAGAAAAGUAUAUAAAAGAAAACAUGUCAUAUGAAAUAAAAAAACAUAUUCAAUCUUACUUUAUGUAUUCAUCGUCAAGAGAACAAAAAUGGAUUUGUAAAUUAUGUUCAGACAAAAUAAAGAAACGACAAAUGCCAAGCCGAGCAGUCGUGAAUAAAUUGAAAGUUUGUGAAAUUCCAUCUGAAUUAAAAAGAUUAAAUAAUCUUGAAAAACAUUUGAUUGCUUUACGAUUACCUUUUAUGAAAAUUGUAAACUUAACAUCAGGAAAAUUAUCGAGUAGAUUGUCACAAAAAGGUACUAAAGGGCCACUUCAUUGUGUGCCAUCAGAUGUAGAAGACACUGUAACUACAUUACCUCGUCCAGUUGAUAAAUCGAUGAUGGUUCGAUUGCAAUUGAAACGACGUCUAAAAUACAAAGCUGUAUGGGAAGAACAAUUAAUAAAUCCAAAUGAUGUAAGAGAUGCACUAUUUGUUUUAACUAAGAUGCAUCCAGGAUAUAAAAGCAUAAAGAUAAAUGAUAUUCAUGAAAAUUAUCUUACAUCUGAUCAAGAAAAAAACUAUGACAAUAACAUUGAAUUAGUAGUUGAACCAAUGGAUGUUGACAACAUAUCAGAAGAAACUGUCAUUGAACAAACAGAAGCAUCUAAUGAACAUAGUCUAAAAAGAUUAGCUUUGGGUGAUAUUGAUAAUACUAUUGACAGUGAUGAAGAAAUCAAUGAAGAUGAUAAAGAUAUUCGUACUAAAUAUAAUAUUGGUACAGAUUCAUGUACUCAACCAUGUGAUUUUAAUGAUUUUUUAGUCUUUGACAAAGAGCCAUGCGUAGUAGCACCAGCUGAAAAAAAUAAAUUAAGUUCAUUAUUAACAGAUAAAACAAUUGAAGCAUUAGCCUUUCCUCAUUUAUUUCCAGAUGGUCAAGGCUCAUAUGACGAAGAUCGUCAAACAAUUCUUAGAUGGAAAGAGUAUUGUAAAGCACGUUUAUUUUCAUCAGAUUCUCGUUUUGCUUCAGAUUCAAGUUACAUCUUUUAUCUACAGUAUUUAGGUGACUUGAAACAAGUAUACUCCGGAAUUAAUAUUGCUUUCCGAAAAAAAUUACCAAUGAAUGCUAAACAAAGCUUGGAUGAAAUGCAAAUGAAAUUUCUUAUGAAUAAAGAUAUGAUAUAUCGUCAUUUGCAAUGUGUUCGAGGUAGUCCACAAUAUUGGCAUAAACGUUUAAAAGAUUUAUUCGGAAUGACACGUCAACUAGGUUUUCCAACUUUUUUUCUUACACUAUCAUGUGCUGAUCUACGUUGGAAAGAAUUCACUGAUACUUUUGUACGUCACACUGGAGCUCCAAUAAAAGAAUCAUAUACAUUUGAAGAAAAAACAAAACUUUUACGUGCGAAUCCUGUUCUAGCUGCACGUUUGUUUGAAAAACGAUUUAAUACAUUUAUGAAUUUAUUUAUUAAAGGUGGAGCAUCGUGUCUAGGCAUUGUAGAAGACUGGUUUGCUCGUAUAGAAAUGCAAAUGCGAGGUUCACCACAUUCUCACAUGCCACUUUGGGUAAAAGGUGCACCUGUUUACAUUGGAUUGCACACCGAUGAAAAAACUCGUGAGGAAAUCGUUAAAUUUUGUGACAAAUAUAUUACGACACGAUUCCCAUCAUUAGAAGAAGAUCCAAUAUUACACUAUCUUGUCAAAGAAUUACAGAGUCAUUCUCGUAAUCAUUCAAAGUCUUGUUUAAAAUUGUAUAAAAUGUUGUGUCGUUUUGGAUUUCCUCGGCCUGUUGCUCGACGGACAUUCAUUUGUGAACCAUUAAAAGCUGAGAAUGAUGAUGAUAAACAAAAGUUUAAAAGAAUGAAAGAAAUUCUUACGGAAAUGAAUGCAACGAUGAAUAAAUUGGAAAAAGAAAAAAUAUUGUCAUGGUCGGAUUUUGAUAAUCUUCUAACAAAGUAUAAUUGGACCUAUGAGGAUUACGAAUGUGCUCUUCGUGUUGUUCAUACUAGAACGACCAUGAUUCAUAAAAGAGAACCUAAUGCACGAUGGGUUAAUCAAUAUAAUGAAGAAAUAUUGAAAGCAUGGAAUGCUAAUAUGGAUAUUCAAUUCGUACUUGAUCCAUAUGCCUGUGCAAAAUAUCUUAUGUCAUAUACAACAAAACCAGAACGAGAAAUGAGUUUAUUAUUAGAAGCAACUCAUAAAGAAUGUCGUGAAGGAAAUAUGUCCGUUCGAGAAGAAAUGAAAAAAUUAACAGGUACAUUUUUUAAUCAUCGACAAGUUAGUGUACAAGAAGCUAUUUAUCGUGCUACUAAAAUGCCACUUACAUAUUCAAGUCGAGGUUUUGUUUUUGUACCAGCACAUUCAAACAGUUGUAAAUUUUUAAAAUCUCAAAAUAUGUUGAAAGAAAUGGAUCCAGAUGACGAAAAUAUAUAUAUGUCUAACUUAGCUGACAAAUAUUUUGAUAGACCAGAAGAACCGGAAUUCGAUAUUUGUAUGGCAGAUUUUGCUUCUGAAUAUGAAAUCGUAUCUAUUAAAAAAGAUAUUAAAAAUCCAAAGACGCCAAUUAAACGAUUACAAACACUGAAUUUUGCUAUUAAGAAACGUUGUAAUCGUAAUGCUAUUAUACGUUAUCCAUAUUUUAAUCGAGAAACAGAUAGAGAAAAUUAUUUUGAAAAUCUACUAUCUCUAUAUUUACCCAUAAGAAGUCGGAAUGAUUUGAAAAAACCUUAUGAAUUAUUUUAUCAAAUAGGUGAAUUUUUUGAUGCUCGACAGCAAUGCAUAAGAAAAGUAAAAGAUAUUGUGCAUGAAAACCAAAGAAAAUAUGAAGCUCAUGUCAAAGAAACUGGGGAAACAGAAUCAUUAUUCAACGAAUUAUCAUUGAAUAUGAAAGACAACGAUUGGGCUGAAAUUGUUGCUAAUAGAGAAAAAGAUAGUAUAUGGUCAAGAGAAAUUGAACAAGAAGAUGAUCCUGAUUUCAAUGUAAUUCAUAAAAGUAAAAAUAAAAACACGUUCAUUGAUUUGAAGCAAACUUAUGCUACUACAGAUGAAAUGAGACCAUUGUUAGAAUCGAUGAACAAUGAGCAACAAGAAGUAUUUUAUCAUGUUAGAGAAUGGUGUACAAAACGUUUGCAUAAUCGUGAUGUCGAACCUCUUCGUUUAUUCAUUACGGGAGGAGCAGGCACAGGUAAAAGUCACCUUUUGAAAUGCCUUCAUUACGAAGCAACGAAGAUUUUUUCUCGAAAAAAACACUUAGAACCUGAUGAAAAUAUUGACGAAAUUCAUACAUUGAUCACAGCUUUUACUGGUGCCGCAGCUGUCAAUGUUGGUGGAGUAACUAUUCAUAGUGCAUUCGGUAUUGGCACUCAACCUAAUAGUUUAAACGAUCAUUUAUCUUGUGAUAAACUAAAUAGUUAUCGAUGUAAAUUACAUUCCUUAAAACUAUUAUUUGUUGAUGAGGUUUCUCUCAUUCAAGCAAAGCUUUGGGGUGCUAUGCAUGCUCGUCUUACUCAAAUCAUGGGUAUACAUUCGAAUACAGCUAUUUUCGGUAACGUUGGAAUAAUCGCUAUUGGUGACUUUUAUCAAUGUGCACCUGUUGCAUCUUCAAGUAUUUAUUCUUCUUUACUUUGGUCUGAUCAUUUUGAGUAUAUCGAACUCAAAAUCAAUGAAAGACAAAAAACAAAUAGUUCUUUUUCACAAAUGUUAAAUCGCAUCCGAAAACUUAAAAAGAAGGAAGAUAUGAAUAAAGAAGAUCGUGACUCACUUGAAAAAUGUCAUCAACGCUAUUUGCAUAAGGAAUAUCAUUCCGAAUCAUUACAUUUAUUUGCUAAAAAUACUCAGGUUGAUGCACAUAACGAAGAGAUGAUUGAAAAAAUUUGUACCAAUAUUCGAACAUUUUAUGAAGUUGAUAGCAAUGAUAAAGAGAUAAAACAGAAUGAAUCUAAACAUACAAAAAAAAUAAAUAAAUCACUACGCCUUGCUAAAAAUGCUCGAGUAAUGAUAACUAAAAAUAUUUGUGUAACUGAUGGAUUAGCUAAUGGUGUGACAGGUCGUAUUGUAGAAUUUGUAGAAACUAAUAAUGCACACGUUUCUCAUAUAAUAAUCAAAUGUGAUUCACCUAAAGUUGGACGACUUCAUCGAGUUAGUUGUCCACAUUGUCAUGGACGUGAUACAAUAUGUGUAAUAAGAGAAUGUGAUAGUAUUGAUCAACAAUAUUCUGAUGUACGAUCAAUAAAAGCAAUAAAACAAUUUCCUUUACGUCUUAGUUGGGCAAUAACUAUACAUAAAGCUCAAGGAAUAACAGUUGAUCAAGUUAUAAUUAGUACAAAAGAUUUCUUCGGUAGUGGAAUGGGAUACACAGCAUUAUCUCGUGUUCGAACACUAGAAGGUUUAUUUCUUAUUGACUUACAUGUUGAUAAAUUUUAUUGUAAUGAAAAUGUUGAUAGAAUUCUUUCUCAAAUGAAAGAGAUGAAAAGAAAAACAUCGAUAUUUCGACAUUCUCCAGAAUUUUUAAAUAUACUAUUUCAUAAUAUUGAAGGAUUGAAAUGUAAUUUCAAUGCACUCAGAAAUCAUUAUCUUACUUGGCAAGCAGAUUUGAUUUGUUUAACUGAGACUUGGUUAAAUAAUAAUAGCCAAAUAGAUAAAUUCAAAAUCAAUGGUUAUACUCUUAUUCAUAAAUCACGAUCAUACUCAUUGUCUACAAAUCAUCCACUUCACUCACAAAAAGGUGGUGGUGUUGCUAUUUAUUUUCGAGACGACAUGCCUAUCAAGACAAUAGAUUCAACUGAAUAUUUAAAUCUUGAACAUAUUACUUUAAAAUUAGAAAAAGAAAAAAUCAUCAUAAUAGUUUGCUAUCGGUCACCUCAAGAAGCAAAAAGAAAUUUUAUAGAAAACCUUAUACGUCAUUUAAAGCAAUUUGAUAGUAAUGAACGUAUAUUGAUUCUAGGUGACAUGAAUGAAAAUAGUUUUCAAACUAAAUCAAAAAAUAUUGAGAGAUCAUUGAAAACGCUAGGUUUUGUAAAUACAUUUAGACAUUUAGCUACUACUAAUAGCUUGACAAGUCUUGAUUCUGCAUAUUUAAAUUUUGUACCAUGCGAAAAAGAAUGCCAACAAGUCGUAGAAACCUUUUAUAGUUUUCAUGAAGCAUUGGCUUUAUCAAUUAACAGUAUCAAAGAUAAAGUACAUAAUUAUAUUGAAACUGAAGAUAACAGUGAUGAAAGAAUGGAAGUAAAUUCAAGUUCAGAAUCAUUAUCAUCAAUCAUUAGAAUUUCUAAUAAUUCAAACAAACGUAAAAGUACUUCAAUAGGAAAAAAAAAUAAUAAAAAAUUUAAAAAUAAAACUCUUGUACCAGUUAUGGAUAAGAAUAAUAAUAAUGCGAAUCAUGAUCAAAAAAAUCCUGAUUCAAGAAAGAUAACUGAUGUAAAUAAAUCUCCAAGCACGCGAGAGUUAGAAUUUCUCUCAAAUCUAAAAGAAACAAUACCACUCAACAACUUAACAAUCGAUGAUUUCAGAUUUCAUUCAUUAACCGAACAAUUGAGAGGUUUAAAUCUUCGUACGAUAACAAUUAUUGGUGAUGGUAAUUGUUUCUUUCGGGCUAUAUCUCAUCAGCUUUUUGAUACUCAAGCAUAUCAUCGUAGAUUAAGAUCUGAUGCAAUUACGUAUAUUACACGAAAUAGUGCUGCAUUUGAGUUUUUUGUCAGCGGUGAAGACGAUACUAUUUAUGAUUACAUUCAUCGUAUGAAGAAAAACUAUACAUAUGCAGAUCAUUUGAUUAUUAUGGCUACAGCUUCUAUUUUGAAUCAAAAUAUAAUCAUUCAUGAAUAUGGUAAACGUCCAUUGCUAAUACCUGGAUCUGAUUAUAUUGAUCGACAACUUCACAUUUCAUAUAAUCCAUAUAAUCAACACUACGAAAGUGUUAAAGAUUUUGAUGGAGUUAUUCCUAUUAUAUCCUUUGAUGAUUUACAAUUAACCUAA